AAACCGCUUCUUAUAGAGCGAGAAAAAAAAAAAAAAAAAAGCAUAGCUGAGCGCGCGCUAGACUCUAGAGAGAGAAAAUAGGAACACAGCAAUGGAGUGAAUAGACAGAGAAAAAAAAAUCAUUGUAUCAUUUCCAAAAUUUUCUUGUAUUUUUCGACUGAAUUGUUUUUAUCGAGCUGUCCACAACCUAAAUGAUGGGUCGUUUAGGGUUCAAAUCGGUGGUGUUUCAUGGUGAAACGUGUUUAGGAGAGUUAGAUGCUAUUCCAGUUAAGGAUCAAAGCUUUCAAUUUCCGAAUAACGAGAUACAGAUCCAUCAUAUAUCUACAAAUAGUGAGCGGUGUCAUCCGCUAUCUGUUCUUCAAACAAUUUCAUCACCUGUUCGUUGUAAGCUUGAACCGAAUGAGUUUAAAUCCUCGCCAAUUGGUUCUGAUCAGUCUCCGUUGAUCAAUUUACACGCCUCGUGCUUCUACGAACUCAAGACUGCAGUAGUCUUGCUGGGGGAGGAAGAAAUACAUUUGGUAGCAAUGCCGAGUAAGCAGAAAAAGUUCCCCUGUUUUUGGUGCUAUUCAGUGCCCGUUGGUCUGUAUAGUGCUUGUUUACGGAUGUUGAAUAUGAGGUGUUUAUCAAUUGUUUUUGAUCUGGACGAGACUUUAAUUGUUGCAAAUACAAUGAAGUCUUUUGAGGAUAGAAUUGAGGCUUUGCGGGGUUGGCUUGCACGAGAGACGGAUCCAAUUCGGUUGUCUGGAAUGUCUGCAGAGAUUAAGAGGUACGUGGAUGAUCGUGCACUGUUGAAGCAGUACUCAGACAGUGAUUCUGUUGUUGACGGUGGGAGAGUAUAUAAAGCUCAGCAAGAGGAGGUGCUACAAUUAUCUGAAGGGCCAGAGCGUGUAGUUCGGCCAGUCAUAAGGUUGGUGGAAAAGAAUGUGGUCCUUACACGGAUUAAUCCAGAGAAUCGGGACACCAGCGUGCUAGUUAGAUUACGUCCUGCUUGGGAUGAGUUGAGAACUUAUUUGACGGCGAAAGGUCGGAAAAGGUUCGAAGUGCAUGUUUGCACCAUGGCGGAGAGAGAUUAUGCAUUGGAGAUUUGGAGGCUACUCGACCCUGGGUCACACCUCAUUAAUGUCAAACAAUUGAUGGACCGUGUUGUAUGUGUCAAAUCAGGGGCAAAGAAGUCUUUACUUACUGUCUUCCAAAAUGGCAAUUGUCAUCCAAAAUUGGCAAUGGUUAUUGAUGACCGAUUAAAAGUGUGGGAAGAUAAAGAUCAACCUCGCGUUCAUGUUGUCCCUGCUUUCACUCCAUAUUAUGCUCCACAAGCAGAGAUGGCCAAUGCAGUUCCAGUCUUGUGUGUGGCGAGAAAUGUUGCUUGUGAUGUUAGAGGUCGUUUUUUCAAAGAGUUUGAUGAAUGUCUACUCCGAAAGAUCUCUGAAAUCUUCUAUGAAGAUGAGGUUGUAAAUUUACCUUCGGCACCUGAUGUGAGCAACUACUUAAUGUCCGAGGAUGCUGGUUUUGCGUCAUCUGGGAAUCUGAAUGCUCCUAUUCCUGAGGGGAUGUAUGGGCCUGAAGUUGCACAAAGGUUGCAUCAGCAGCCGGUCAUUUGCUCAUCUUGUCAUGUAAAUGUGCUAAUCCAGGAAGGAAAAGUUAAUAUGAACUCUGCUUCUCCUUUCAUGAGUAACAAUCCUGAUAUGAAGCCGGGAAGCUCCCAGCUUACUGUUGGAUUUGCUGCCAAUGUACCUGUUCAACCAAUGAGACCAAUUCUACCUUCAGAAAAACCAAGUUUGCUGGGAGCUCCAUUCAGACGAGAUAACAGCUUUUCUGAAGUUGAUGCUGAUGGGAAGAGAAGGUAUCCCAUGGUGAAUCCUAGCCAGGAUGCGAGGUAUCGUGGUUCAGGAGAACCUUCUUUAUUAUCUAGAGUGCCUCAGAAACCACCCAUACUGCCCAUACCAUCACAGGGUGGAUGGUUGGUGGAAGAUGACCUAAAUAAAGGACAGAUGGGCAGUCGAUCACCUGGAAUUUUUCAAGAAUCUGAUGCAUCAAGGUCUGAUAAACAGAGAGGUCAUCAGAAUUUUCUCAGUCAAGGUGCAACAAGCAUGGCAUUACCAACGUAUGCAUCUACAGGGAAGAAUGGAGAGGCAAAUUCCAGGCAUGAAAUGCAUAGACAGAAUUCUUUUAUUCAACAGACAGAGGGUAGGCUCUCACAACAUCAGGCAUCAUUUAACAGCAGAGAAUCUCAACUAGAAGCUGGGAGAAUGAACUUAUUACCAUCUUUAGCUACUGGGGUGCUGCAAGAAAUUGGACGGCGAUGCAACUCAAAGGUUGAAUUCAGGCCUGUGGUGAGCACCAGUGAGGAAUUGCAAUUUUCAGUUGAGGUCUUCUUUACCGGUGAGAGAGUUGGUGUCGGAAUGGGUAAGACUAGGAAGGAUGCUCAGCAACAGGCAGCUGAGAAUGCACUUCGUAACUUGGCUGAUAAAUACAUCUCAUACAUUACAUCUCACCCUCGAGGAGCAGCGGAUAAAGACUUUGAUAAGCUUUCAGUGGAAAAUGAAAAUGGGUUCUUGUGGGAUACUGUCAAUCACGUGGAUGAACGGUCGGUGGAUGAUAGAUUACCUCAAGUAAAGGUUUCAGAGGUGGGAGUUAACGGCGAUGCUACCCAUGACUGAUUACGUAGUUCUUUGAAAACGUGACUGGUCUUGGGCUAAGGGGCGUGCACGGAAGCAAGUUUUGGAGAUGAUGACGGGUUGAGAUUAUUCGAGAUGCGCCCCUCCUUCCUUGAAUUGUGUUGCACCAGAGUCGGGAGGGAAACAGGGAAAUCCGGUGCUUGUUUGGCCUACUUGUUCAUCUUGAUAUGUAGGCCAUCAUGCUUCUUGUUUUGGAAUGGUGGUGUUUAGUUCUAAUUCUACCCCUUGUGUUUUGGUUGAUGGGUCCCGGUAACUCUUGUCUCUGCUCUCGGUGAAGCAUUUUCACCGUUUCCUGUUCUUCCUCAGAUGCACCUUGACUUAAACCUCAGGCUUUUGUUGAGAUUUCUUGAGUGCUGAACUAGCAUGUACAGUUCUGUUGCAACGAGUCAAUGGGGUUCACCCAGGUAAUCUUAGGGCCAAAAUAUAUGAUGUUUAUCAUGGAACUUUACAAGUUCCCGAAUUCCCUAAUUGCUUUAGUCUUUGCACCGGGAAGUUAUCUUCGAUUUGUUAAGUUGCUGAGCAUGUUCUGGAAUGAAGAGUUCUUAUUCUUCGUUUGGUAAAUACCAACUUUAGUUAUCUCCUGAUUGUGUUAAGGCUGUAACCGCCCUAUCCGAAUAAUGUUCAGCCAGAGAGCUACCCGACUGAUUUUAUAUUCGGAGGUCCUGCAGAAGUAAUUUUGACUGGUAUCUGCAAAGGGACAGUUUGGUAGCAGAAUUGCCUUCACAACUAUCAAAUUGGCUUCUGGGUGGCUUCAUGAUUUUUCCCGCCACGUUACGGAGAAAAUGAAAUUGUCUUCCCUUUUAGAAAAGGGAUUCAUAUAUUUUUUAUACAAGGGCUUGUUUUUUUGUGCCCUAGUUUCUACCAUAGUGUUGUAACUAUCUAGUUUCUUGUUUUUUUAAACUUCCCGGUAAAGAUGAAAUUACAGGCGGAUCUCUAUAUUACAAUCUCAUUUGUCCA